AUGCUUGGUAGAUCUGCUUUCAAACUCUUGAACCGUCGCAAUGUCAUUGCAUUGGGCGCUGUUGCAACCACAGGUGGUGCCUUGUUUUUAAGCUCUGACAGCAAGGUGCACGCUGAAUCAAACAAGCUUAAGUUUUGGCAAAGUCUGCCUGGCGAAAACACACCAGAGAACCCAGGGUUCGCUAAAUUGAGAGGCAUGGCUGCUGAGCAGAGAUUCAGGACUUCUUUGGCUCAAAACAACGGCAAGACUGAUUUCGAUGUUGUCAUUGUCGGUGGUGGUAUCAUUGGUCUAGCUACUGCUCGAGAGUUACUGAAGCGUUUUCCAAACAUGACUGUAGCUGUAUUGGAAAAGGAACGUGAAGUAGCUGCUCAUCAAACUGGCCAUAACAGCGGUGUCAUCCAUGCUGGUAUCUACUAUAAACCUGGAUCUCGUAUGGCCAAAACAUGUGUCAGAGGCGCUGAUUUGAUGUACGAGUACUGUAAACAAAAUCAACUCCCUGUGGAACGUUGUGGUAAACUGAUUGUGGCCGUGGAUGAUAAGGAACAUAAACAAGUGGAGAGAUUGAUGGAGAUCGCCACAUUGAAUGGAGUCAAGGAUCUUCAAAUCCUUAAUAGCGAGGAGAUUAAAAAAUUAGAGCCUAAUGUAGUCGCCUACUCUGCUUUGUACUCUCCAAACACCGGUAUCACUGAUUUCGGCCUUGUCGCUCAAUGUAUUGCUAAUGAGAUCGUGCAAACAGGUCGUGCUGAAAUCAAGCUUGCCUUUGAGGCUCAAAAGUUUGAAUCUAGACAAGACGGCCGUGUUGAAAUCUGGGGUGGUGAACCCAACCAAAGAGGCCCUACUCUCAAAGUCACUGCAAAGAAUGUCAUCACUUGCGCUGGUUUCUACUCUGAUAGAGUUGCUGGUCUUGCCGGUGGUGACGCUGGUCGUGCCAAGGUAGUUACGUUCAGAGGUACUUAUUAUCAGUUAAAGCCCGAGUACCGUGGCAUCUGUCGCAUGAAUGUCUACCCUGUUCCCAGUGGCGGUGGUAUUCCAGUCGGUGUUCACUUUACACCUACCGUUAACACAAGAAGAGGCAUUCAGAUGAUUGUUGGUCCUGGUGCUUGUUUGACUUUCUCCCGUGAAGGCUAUACUUUUUCUGAUUUCAAGAUGGAAGAUAUCUUUGGUUCCUUGACAAACUUGAAUUUGUGGAUGUUUGCACUCAAGAAUCCCAGUCUCUCUCUUGGAGAGCUCUACAAGGAUAUGAACAAGCGUGCUUUCUUGCGCGCUGCGCAAGCGUAUGUCCCUGGUUUGACUGAGGACAUGGUUGAGGAGAGCUUUGCUGGUGUCAUGUCUCAAGUGUUCGAAAAGGGAGGUAUCGCUGCCAAUGAUUAUAUUCUUGAACGCAAGGUCAUGGACGGAAAGAUACUAUGUGUUCGUAAUGCACCUACUCCUGCAUGCACUGCUUCUUUGGCCAUUGCAGAAAUGCUGAUUGAUACAGCAACUGAAGAUUUUGAAUGGGAACAAUCAGAGAAAUCUAUCGAAGGUCCUAACAAGGUUCAACAGCUUUCUGCUAUUGCUGCUUAG